AUGUCUCUUCUGCUCUCUUUCUACCCUCUCUACUGCUCUCUCUCUCUCUUUUGCUCUCCCACUCCCCUGAUCUCUCUUCUUCUCUAUCUCUUCUUCUCUCUCUAUCUCUAUUCUGAUCUCUCUCUCCUGCUAUAUCUUCUGCUCUCCCUCUCCCCUGCUCUCUCUAUCGCUCUUCUGAUCUCUCUCUUCUACGCCUUCUCUUCUGCUCUCUCUAUCUCUUCUGCUCUCUCUAUCUCUCUUCUGCUCUCCCACUCCCCUUAUCUAUCUUCUCCUCUCUCUAUCUUCUGCUCUCUCUAUCGCUCUUCUGAUCUCUCUCCUUCUCUCUCUCUCUCUCUCACUCUUCUACUCCCUCUCUCUCUUUUCCGCUCUCCCGGUCCCCUGCUCUCUCUUCUGCCCUCUCUGUCUCUCUUCUGCUCUCCCACUCCCCUGUUCGCUCUUCUCUAUCUCUUCUGCUCUCUCUCUCCUGCUCUCUCUUCUGCUCUCCCUAUCCCCUGCUCUCCCUAUCCCCUGCUCUCCCUAUCCCCUGCUCUCCCUAUCCCCUGCUCUCUCUAUCGCUCUUCUGAUCUCUCUCACUUCUGCGCUCUCUCUUUCGUCUCUCUCUUCUCCUCUCUCUAUCUCUUCUGCUCUCUAUUUAUUCUGCUCUCUGUAUCUCUUCUGCUCCCUCUCUUUUGCUCCCUUUCUUCUGCUCUCCCUCUCCCCUGCUCUCUCUUCUCCUCUCUCACUCUUCUCAUCUCUCUAUCUCUCUUCUGA